AUGGAGCCCCUCUCGAUAGAACUACGAGAUCGCCAGUUGGCCAACAGGCCCCAGCUGCCACCUCCCGAAGGCCAGCACUCGGCCUCACCGCACGCAGAAGAGAUCCCGGAAAGCAGGCAGCAGUUCUCGCUCCCACCUGUCGACCAUGGCAAGCAUGCCUACUUCUUCCUGAUCGCCUGCUUCUUCAUCGAGGCCCUGACUUGGGGCUUCCCCUUUGCCUUUGGCGUCUUUCAGGAUUACUACAGCACCCAUGAGCCGUUUGCCGGAUCACCCUCCGUUCCCAUCAUCGGGACCUGUGCCAUGGGCAUCAUGUAUUUGGACAUCCCCCUCGUCAUGGGCCUCCAGCGACUCUAUCCGCGUCUCGCGAGAUGGUCCCCCGUCAUCGGCUUGCUCGUCAUGUGCACGUCCCUCGCCGCGAGCUCGUUCGCCCAAACGACGACGCACCUCAUCGCCUCCCAGGGUGUCCUCUACGCCCUCGGCGGAUCCAUAUCCUACUGUCCCUGCAUCCUCUUCAUGGACCAAUGGUUCGUCAAACGUAAAGGGCUCGCCUACGGCAUCAUGUGGUCCGGCACCGGCCUCGCCGGCUUUGCCCUACCCUUGCUGCUCGAGUACUUUCUUGGCCAUUGGGGCUUCCGUACCACUCUUCGCAUCUGGGCCCUGAGCCUGCUGCUCCUGACGAUGCCGCUGGCCUAUUUUAUCAAACCCCGCCUGCCGCCCACGGCGACGAUGCACAUCAAACCCUUCAACCUCGACUUUGCCGUGCGUCGCACCUUUGUCCUGCACCAGCUGGCCAACAUCACCGAGGCCCUCGGAUUCUUCCUGCCGGGCAUUUACCUGCCGACCUAUGCUCGUGCCAUUGGGGCCGGCUCCUUUUCGUCCGCUCUGACUAUCCUCCUCGUCAACGUCGCCGCCGUCUUUGGCUGCGCCGCCAUGGGCCUCCUGACCGACCACUUCCACGUCACCACCUGCCUUCUCAUAUCCGCUCUCGGCGCCGCCGUCGGCACCUUUCUCAUAUGGGGGUUUGCAACGAAACUGUCCGUCUUGUUCCUGUUCUGCGUUGUCUACGGCCUCUUCGCCGGCUCCUACACCUCAGCCUGGACAGGCAUCAUGCGCCAGAUCUCCUCCGAACCCCUCAGGGCACGCCGAAACUCGGCCGGCGGUACCUUUGACCCCACCAUGGUGAUCGGCGUCCUGUCAACGGGAAGGGGUAUCGGCAGCGUCGCGUCCGGUCCUCUGAGCCAGCUGCUCAUUAAGGGAAUGCCAUGGCAGGGCAAGGCACUCGGCGCCUACGGCACCGGAUUUGGCCCUCUGAUUGCCUUUACCGGCGCCACCGCUGCCAUGAGCGGCGUCGUAUUUCUUUGGAGGAGGAUAGGCUGGAUGUGA